UCUUUGGUUUGUUUAAAUCACCUCUUCUAUCUCCCUCUCUUACUCUCUCUCUCUCUCUCUCUCUCUCUCUGUUUCUAUUCUGUUCAUCCGAUCUGAAGGGGAGAGUAGAGAUCAAACAAUUUGAAUUGAGCAAAGGGAGAUCGAGGACGCAUUACUUUUUUCCUUGUCAUGUGAUUGAAUCCCGCACUACGAUUACGCCAACUGUGAGCAGAUCACCGGCGCCACCGACAAAUUCCAUAUUGAUUUCGAUUGUGAGCUGAUUCGAUUGAUCUGGUAGAGGGCUAGCAAUGGCAGUGGAGAAGAACGAGGGUGGCGGCGCUGGAACUGAGGGAGACCAUCUUGCUAGGGCAGAGCUGGAGAUGAAGAAGGCGAGGGAGAUGGGAGGAGAAAUUGAGCACAUUGCGUGCCGGGAGGGUGACGAUAAUGAUGGGAGCGGGACUGAUGGUUCAUUUGUAAUGGUGAUGAACGGCGGUGAUUCGGAUGCGAGAUCGGAUUCGUCUGAGAAAGAUUUGGAAAUGGAUGUCCGUGGUGGUGGAGGAGGCGCAGGAGAUCUAUUGGUUGCUGAUUCAGGUUCUACUUUUGUAGAUGGUGGGAGUGCUGAGGAAAGCAAGGGGGAUAAUGGCGUGGAGAGACAGGGGAAUGAGCGUGAGGAGGAGAGAAAAUUGGGGGACUCUUUUUCUGCUGAGAAUGAAGGAAAAGAUGAUCAUGUGGUUGGAGGAGAAGAUGAUGCUCAUGAUGGUGAGGUAGCUCAGAAAAUUCUCUCUAUGCCUGUAGAGCUUGAAGAAUUUAUUGAUGAAUCUACGAAAACAGAUCAUGCUCAGAAAUUAGAGGAGCAUGAGGAGGAAAUGGUUGUUGUUGAUGCAAAGAAGGAUCAAGUAGAAGAGGGUUUUGUGGCUGUUGAGGAUUCUAAGGAAGAAAAAAAUGCAGUUAUUGAAGAGUUGAAUAAUAAAGAUGAAGUUGUGGACAUAGAAGUUUUUAAAACUGAAAAAUCGGAUCAAGUGGGAGAGGAGCUGUUGAUGGUUGAAGAUUCAAAAAAUGAAAAGGAUAUAAUUAUUGAAGGUUUGUAUGUUGUAGAUGAAGCCAUAGAUCCCAUAGUUGUUGAAGAUUUGAAAAAUAAAGAGCAGAAUCAAGUUGAAGAGGAAGUGGUGAUUGUGGAAGAUUCAAAGAAUGAAAUGGAGGCGGUCAUUGAAUAUUUGAAUAAGUUAGAUGAAGUAAUCAUGGGCACCGAAGAGCAAGUAUCUGAAGGAACAGAGGUUUCUUAUGCUAAGAAUGAAGUGGACAGUGACAAUGAAGGACUUACUGUCGGAGCUUCUUCCGCACAGUCAUCUUCAUCUGGUUUUGUGGAUAGGAAUAUAAAAUUGGAAUUACUGAUCGGCAUAAGUGAUGCUGUUGAGUCUGCAGUCACCAAACUUAUGAACAAUGAAGCUGAAUCUGUUCCUGAGAUUGAAGAACUGAAGGAAGGCAGUGAACAAAAAACUGGUGAUGUUGAGUCUUCUAUAACUGAGAAGAAGGAAGCUGAUUCUGCUUCUGAAAUUGAAGAAAGAAGGGAUGCCAACAAUGAAGUAGCCGUGGAAAUCAAUUCUUCUGAGCUUGCAAAGGAGGAAAUUAGUUCUGUUCAUGAGAUAGAAGAUAGCAAGGAUGAAAAUCAUGAAGAAUGUGAGGAUGUGGACUCUUUACUAACGGAUGCUGCUAAUGAAGGAGUAGAUUCCAACUCGGAAGUUGAUGAAAGCAGGAAUACUAAUGACGAAGGAAUCAAGGAUGUUGAAUCUUCAAAGGAGAAAAUUAGUUCUGUUUUUGAUAUUGAAGAUAGGAGGGAUGACAAUCGUGAAGAGUGUGAGGAUGUCGAAUCUUCAGUCAGGGAUGCUGCAACGAAGGGAGUAGAUUCCAACUUGGAAGUUGAAGAACGCAAGAAUACCAACAUAGAAGUAAUCAAGGAUGUCGAAUCUGAAAUUGCUGAUCAUAUGGAUAAUGAAGUUUAUUCUGCUUCUGAAGUUAUAGAUAGGAAGAUAGCCAAUGAUGAUUUGUCCAAUUGUAUUGAUUGGGAGAAUGAAAAAAACUCAGUUACUCAAGUAGAUGAAAACCUGCAAGUUAAAGCUACAUUAGCCGUUUCUGACGGUGAAAGUGGAGAAUUAGUUACGUCUGUUGAACUGUUAAAACAGCACAAUGUCAAUGCCUCUCUGCCAAAGUUCGAAAUUGAAGAGAAGGAGAAUGAUUCAUCCGUCGAGUUAAUUGAUGAGCUUGUCAUGAAAGACAGUCGUUCAGCUCCUAUAGUAGAAGAAUACCAGGCUGCAGAGGUUUCAUCUAUUGGCCAAAGCACAGAGCCUGUGAAGGAGUUCAUUAGUUCCACUUCUCAAGCAGAAGUUGAAUAUGAUGCAACUUUGUCCACUAGUUCAGCACCUGAAGCAGAAGAGGACAAGAAUGCAAAGAUGCUAUUCAUUGCUUCAAACCCUGAGCACAAGGAAGACGUGAGUUUGGCUCCUAUGGUAGAAGAAAAACAGGAUUUGGAUGCUUCAUUCAUCGAUUCAAACACUGAGCCUAUUAGACUCUUGGCUUCAACCUCUGAAGUAGGAGAACUUCAAGAUGCAGAUGCUCCAUCCAUUGAUUCAAUACCUGAGCCGGUUAAGGAGGAUGUUGGUUUAGCUUCUAAGUCAGAAGAAAACCAGAAUGCAGAAGCUUUGGUAACUGAGGGUGAAAAUGAAAAGAGAGAGCUAAAAUCAGCCACCGAGUUAGUAGAGGUGGUGUCAAAGCCUGUGAAAGCUAAGGAAGGGAUGGAGGAUAGGAGAAAGGACUUAAAUGCAGCGGAGCAGAGUGUUGAGAGUUCAAGGAUUGAAAUUGUUCAUGAAACGAGAGACCUCAAAUCAGACACUGAAUUAACUGAACAUAAGAAAAUCCAUCUUGAAAAGAGCUUGGGGGAGAUAGAGGAGCAACAAAUGGAAUUAAAGUCAGAGGAAAAAAUGGAUGCUUUGAACAAUCAACAACAACAAGGCAAUGAAGCCUCUUCAGCUCCAGAUGGUGAUCUAGAAAAGGCUGAGAUGGCUGCCAAGAAGUAUCGCUUAAUCAAAAUUCCCAGAUUCACUCAGAGAGUCAUCAAUGAUGAACACCAAGCAAAAAUUACUGAUGCUCAUGCGCAAGUGGAUGAACACACUCGAAGACGAGAUUCUCUAAAAGCUGAGCUCGAUAACAUGAGGAAAGUACUUUCAGACUGCUUUCACAAAAGAGAUUCUACAAACGAAGAAGAGAAAAAGGCUAAAGCUUUGGUGAAUGCUAAACGUUUAGAGAUGGAUUCUAUCCAGACUGUCAUUAGCAAAGGAAAGACUGCUGCCUCGUUCUUAGACAUUAUUUCUCGGAUUCAUACUUUAGAGUACAAGAUGCAACAUGAAACAAUAUCCUUAAAAGAUGAGAAGAAAUACUUGCAUGAGCUGAAUCAGCUGAAAAAUGAACGAGAACUCCACCCUUUCAACAAGUGUUCCCAGUUGGAAAUUGAUGACGCUCUGAAGCAGAAAGAAACAGCUGAAUCUAGCUUUAAGAUUUUGAAGAAGGAGUUUGACACACUAAGAAAUGCUCACUUGAAGGCUGAUGAAUAUUUAAAGUCUGUUAGCAAAAGCUAUAUUGAUCAGUUUAAUAAAGUAAAAGAGCAUGAACAGAAGUGGAAGACCGCUAAUGAUUUCCGUCAAAAUGCUUACAAAAACUUGCAUGGUCUUAAAUCUGAUAAGAUGGAACACUACUGGAAGUACAUGGAUGACAGGCAGGUUGCAAAGAAGUAUGCAUCCUCAAAAGACAAAGAGGCUCUAGAACGCCAUUGCACUGAACAGGUUGAAAGAAUUAUGCGGCUAUGGAAUGAAGAUGAUGACUUUCGAAAACAGUAUGUUGAAUCCAAUCUCAAUAACACCUUAAGGAAAUUUGGGACUUUGGAUGGAAGGACUCCUGGCCCCAAUGAUCCAAAGCUUGUGAUUCCCCAGCAAAAUUUUCCGCCUUUGACUACAAGAAGCUCUCCUGCUACUGUUUCAGUCCACCAUGAACAAUCACUUCAUUCACAUAAAGUUACCAAACCAGCUCUUCCAACUAAUCUAAUGGUGAGAUCAAAAUUACCCUCCGAGUCUACUUCGAACGAUGUUGCAGAUAUUGUUGCUCCUUUAAGAGAGGAGUUCGUAGAGCUGGAAGUGGAGAAAAAACUCACCAUUGAGGAAGAAGAGCAAGCCAGGUUAGCAGAGGAACAAGCCAGAAAGGCUGAGGAACUGGCCAGAAAGGAAGAAGAGCUUAGAAAAGUAAGGGAGGAGUUAGAGUUUAAAGAAAAGUUAAGAAUGGAGCAGAAGGCCAAGGCCAAGGAUGCCGAGGAAAGAAAAAGACGAAAAGCUGAAAAGGCCCAAGCAAAAGCUGAAUACAAGGCACAAAAACAAACUGAACUAAGAGAACUUAGAUUAAAGAAGGAGAAGAAGAAAGAGGGUACAUCAGAAAAAGAUGGAAUCGUGGAAGGAGACCGUGCAUCUGUUACUGAAACAUCUUCACAAGAAGCUUCUCAGGAACAAGAAAACAACAAUACAACGAGUUCGAAGAGAUCUAGAAGGAAAUCAUCAGCAGCAUUGAACAAGUACAGCAACAAAGUUCAACCAGUCCCCUUACCUCUGCGGAACAGGGGGAAGAGGAAGAUGUCUGCGUGGAUAUGGACAUUCUGCGUUGCGGUGGCACUUAUAGGCUUGUUCUUUGCUGGAAACUAUAUUUCUUUCUCGUUUAGCUGGCUAAAAUUUGGCUUCUAAUACAUAUGUUCGCUUACUGAUAUUUAUAUAAUAGGGAUGAGGGGGUUCAUAGAUUACAGAGAGUGCAGAGAGGGAAUGUCAUCUACAAACUAAAGGAUCAAUCAUUCUUUUGAGAGGGAGCUUUUUUUUUUUUUUAAUUAUUGUUGAUUCAGUUCAACAAAAGUUAUCUUAUUUGAUUUAUGUUGCUGGUAAGACCCCAUAAUUACAAUCAAAUAAUAAGGUUAUAGUUACUCUUUGCUACUA